AUGGAGAAGGGGGCGGAAAUCCUGCACGGUCGGAGCGCCGGGCGACAGCGGAGGUCACUCGACGCCAGCAGGCCGACCGUUCCACACCCCGCCGGCUCGCUGGACAGGCGGGGCCGGGGGCCGCUGGCAGAGGACUGGAUGGCGUUCCGCUCCCCGAUGGCCGACCCCGGCUGCCCGGCGAUGCCGGGCGGCCGCGUACUGCUGGUGGUGCGGCUCGGCGAGUACGACCUCUCGAAGACCAGCGACGGGCCCACUCUCGACAUGACGCCCGCCGCCGUCCUGGUGCACCCCGGCUACGCGGCCAAGCAGAACGACCUGGCGGUGCUGCGCCUGGGGCAGCCGGUGCCGCUCGGAACGCACAUCCAGCCGGUCUGCCUGCCGCCGCCGGGCCGGCCGGCCGCGGCGCUUGCCGGCAGGCCGGCCCUGCUCGCCGGCUGGGGCAACACGGCGUUCGCCGGCCAGACCUCGGACGUGCUCCAGCAGGUGGAGCUGGUGGUGGUGGCGCCUGCCGACUGCGAGGCGCGCUACCGGGUCCUGCCCUCGUUCGCCGAUAACUUCCCGGGAGGGUUCCAGGGCAGCAAGCUCUGCGCCGCCGGCGAGAACGGAGCAGUGCGUGACGCGUGCGGCGGCGACUCGGGCGGCCCGCUGGUGCAGCAACUCGGCGACGGCUCGUACCAGCUGAUCGGCAUCGUGUCGGCCGGGGUGGGCUGCGGAAACCCCGACUACCCUGGGCUGUACACCAGGGUCAGCGCCUACACUGACUGGAUUAUGCAGAACAUUGCCUAGGCGACCAAACGAUGCUUUUGUUUUCUUCCCGGUGUUGACAAAAGCUUUAACCAGGUUCGAUUUCAUGUUCAUUCCUUCUCGACAAGCUUUCUUCGGCAUUACAAAACAAGAUAAUAUCGACGCAUGCGUGCUUGACCCUCCUACUUUCGAAUGACAACUGAA